AUGGCGCGACUUAGGACCUUCAUGAAAGAGUAUGAGAAAUCUGCGGAGUUCCUGGAAGUCUACGGUGUCAACUUUGGAGUGUAUGACUGCCGAUCCCAGCCCAUUGAUGAGGAGCUGUGUGGUAUGGAUAUGAUAGAACACAAUAUCUACACCUACAGACAGGGAGCCACUCUCCUACAGCUCGAACUCCAGACAAUGUUCGACGUCAACUCCAUCAUGUCCAACAUUUUACAAUUAGUACUUUUGAGGGAAGUUCCGAUUCUACAGAGACGAGAGGAAAGGGAAGAUUUUGAGUACAGAAGUAGAGGAGUAAGGGAUAUCAUAUUUACAUUCCAGAAAGCUAUAGGAACGUAUGAACAUCGGAUAUUUAUGGAGGUGGCGUAUGCGUAUUCCGACAAUUUCCAGUUUGCCUUGUCCACAAGUAAACAAUCGCUACAAAACUUUGAUGACAUGGCGACAGACGACUCAGUGAUCUGGGUACUGCAGUGUAAGGACAGUAAGAAAGUGGAUCCCUGUCCAAAGAUACGUUACUAUGGUUACAUGGAUCUGGCCUCACUAGCCCAGUUUGUUCGAGCCCUCACAUUUCCUAAGCAGUUCAACAUCCCAUCAGACGGACCCACCUCACCAUACGCUCAAACUGAAAACUUACAUGUUAUAUACAUGUACUACAAGGCUGACAGUCGCAGCAUUGUGAUGGAACUAGCCGGGAAACUCUCCAAGAAAUACAGGGGUAUAUAUGGAGUGGUCACCGUCGAUAUUGAGUCUGCUGAUCCUCCAUUCUCUUUUGAUGGAGUGACACCUGCUGUGGGAAUUCUCAUGGAAGGGGAGGUAUCUCCCAAUUAUUUGAAUGAGGAAGUGACGCAAGCCAACAUCUUUAAGUUUAUAUCGAAAAAUGCAAAGGCUGUUAAUGACAUUAUAGCAGCUGAUGAUAACGGGAAUCCGUCCUCAUCAGCAGAUGAACAAGAAAUCACAUCAACAUCUAGUGGAGACUCGACCCUGGGUCCAUUCGAUGAGUCAGAAAUUCUUGCAGUGGAGACACAGGACGACCAAGUGGCAGAAGUUGUGUUUAAAGCAAGAAGGACAGAGAUGGACCUGACACUU